UCCAUUAUGUCAUUAGCUUCGAUAGGUGGGUUUUUCAAUUAAUUUGUUAAUUGAGGGUGUGUAAUGUCUAAUCGUUCUAUAUAGAGUUGAUGGAUAAAUAAUAACCGAGUUUAAUGUAUUACGAAUAUCACAAAGUUCAUCUCACAUUUAGUUUGAGAUACCCACUUAGUGAGUGAGUUGUUGAAAGUAACCCGUUCGAUUUCGUUGAACUAAACGUUUUUUUUUACAAAAAUGUUUACAAUUAAUUCGCAAAAGGAUAAGCCACUCUGCAUAUACGGUGUAUUUCGUCCCCUUUACAUUAUAGCCCGAGUGUUUGGCUUUUUUCCAUUUUCCCUAAAUCUAGAGACCAAUGACAUUCGUUUCACAACUAUCGAUUUGUUCGUAUUUGUGGUACAAGUGGCAAUCUAUUCCUGUACCACGUACCUGAACAUUAUCUACAAUCUUGUGGAAUUUUUGGUUAUGUCAGCACUACUGGCACAAGGAUUGCGAAUUGGCGUAAUAUUUGGAUUGUUGAAUUCAAUUGCAUUUCUGUUUGCGGAUUUGUGUCAUCGCCAUCAAGCCUUUGAUAUAUUCAUAUUGUAUCAGGAUUUCGAUUUGCAGAUGCGAUUUUUCGGAUCGACCUUGAAUAACACGCAGAUCAAACGACACGUUCACAUAUACGUUUUUGUGUGGAUUGCAAUAUCUGUUGUUUAUGCUGGUGUUUCAUUGUGGAUUAUGGACAACUUUUUUAACUUCAUUUCUAUUGCCCUACUCUUUUUAUCAUUUUUCAUAUCAACCGCUGUUUUUGGAGUAGCACUAUCGAUCUAUGCAUUUCUUAUUUUCAACAUUAGGAUGCGAUUUCGCUUACUGAAUGAGACUUUGAGAAAAUUGCCGAUAAAAACAGCAGACGUUAGUGUCGUUAAGGUAACUAACAAGGCUAGUAAUUUGCUUGCUAAUAUUAUGAAACUAGCCGAACUGCACGAUAAGCUAAACACUAUUUUGGACCUAGUAAAUAAAUGCUACUCGAUUCAGGCAAUGUUCGCUUUCGCUGUAAGUUUCACGUUUGUAGUAUUUAGCUUUUUUGGUAUUUAUCGUGGUUGGACUACGAAUACUGGUAACAAUGAACAAUUUCUCCUAUCCGUGGUACUGACGAUGUGGGCCUCCUAUUACAUGUUUUUCGUAAUGAACGUUUUGUGGGCUGGUCAAUCAUCGAAAAGCGAGGGGAAGUUUACUGCAGUACUAGUACAUCGAGCAAUCAACAAGUGUCAUGAUAUGGAGGUCAUUGAAAGGUUGAUGGCAUUUUCUAACCAAAUCAGCCACAGAAUUCCGGAUGCGAAUUGUAAAUUAUUUUCUUUUGACUGGACAUUACUAUUUUCGAUUGUCGCAGCCACAUCAACCUACUUAAUAAUUCUCAUACAAUUUGAUGCUUCCGGCUACAAACCACCGUCGUUCGGAAUAAAUAAUUUUACUCUACUGGUCAACUGAAACAAAAAAUUGCCUCUACUUAAAACACCGGAUCGUUAG